AUGGAGCUCAGAGCAAUGAUUUCUCUCCUUCUGCUGCUGCUCCUGGGCCUGUCUAUGGCUCACCCUGGCCUGGAAGACGGAGGGGAAAACGAAAUCCUCGAGGAUGAGUCUGACAUUACCUCAACUAUUCUGAGGAUGAACAACGGCUCUACAGAUUUUCUGAUAGAAGGAGAUGUGCUGAUUCCAAGAACAAGAAGUGCCAUGAGAUGCUUCAGUAAAACAUUCAGCUGUCUGUGGUCAAAGUCAGCUAAUGGGAAAGUGGAGAUCCCUUUCAUCAUAAACUCUAAAUACGAUACUCAUGAGAAGAAUGAGAUUUUAAAUGCGAUGAAGGACUUCCAUUCAAAAACGUGCAUUCGCUUCGUUCCACGUGUCAAACAGAGGAUGUACAUCAGCUUUGAGCCGAGAUACGGGUGCUUCUCCUCUCUGGGUCGCCUUGGAGACAAGCAGGUGGUGUCACUGCAGAGGUUCGGCUGCGUACGCCACGGCAUCAUCCAGCAUGAGCUGCUGCAUGCUCUGGGCUUCUACCACGAACACACUCGGAGCGACCGCGACCAGUAUGUCAGAAUCAACUGGGAAUACGUCAAACAAUAUUACGUGCACAACUUUCAGAAGAAGGACAGUAAUAAUCUCAACACCCCAUAUGACUACUCUUCUGUAAUGCACUAUGGAAGGACUGCCUUCGCCAGUCAGUUUGGAAAGGAAACCAUAACUCCCAUCCCUGAUCCCUCUGUUCCCAUUGGCCAGAGGCAGGGCAUGUCCGACAUUGAUAUUCGCAGGAUCAACACACUGUACAAAUGCUGUAAGUAG